CCGGGGAGGUUCUGGGGGUGGCGGCGUGGGGCGACCUCGGGCCACCCCGCCAGUCCCCAGGCCGGCCAGGCAUGAGCUCCGGGGCCGCCUGGCGGCUGCAGACGCUCCAGCGACACCUGCGCUCCCCGGAGCGGGUGUGGACGCAAGGCCGGCCCCACACGCGCGUGGCUGCCUCUCCCGGGGCCCAGGGCAUUGGGAUGGAGCCGGCUGGCAGCCCACUGACCACGCACGUGCUGGACACUGCCUCAGGGCUCCCGGCCCAAGGCCUCUGCCUCCGUCUGUCCAGGCUCGAGGACCGUGGCCAGCAGUGGACCGAGCUGAGGAGAAGCUACACGGACCCUGAUGGCCGCUGCCCUGGGCUCCUGCCGGCAGGCCAGAUGAAGGCGGGCACCUACAAGCUGUCCUUCGACACCGAGGGCUACUGGCAGAAGAGGGGCCAGGAGAGCUUCUACCCGUAUGUGGAGGUCGUUUUCACCAUUACGAACGAGACCCACAAGUUCCACGUGCCCCUGCUGCUGAGCCCGUGGUCUUACACCACGUACCGCGGGAGCUAGCGGCUGAGCGGCAGCUGGCCUGCGAGCCGGGACCUGGCAGCACGGCAGACUGAGCCGCCCCCAACCAGCAGGACGGGCUUGUUCCUCAUGGGCACCAGGCUCACACGUCUGGCAACGUUCUGGCCCCAAUUUCCCAGUGGCAGUUGUCACUCAGGCUUCAAUAAAGUCGCCGCUGGCCUCUG